CCUCCCAGUUUCUGCAGCACAGUUUGGACGAGCUCAGCACACACGCACGCACAUACACACAUCCGUGCACACCCACUUGGUGAUAAGAAAUCUCACACAGGAGGGAUGUCCGGCCUUUUCGGAAAGAUUGUCGUCGGCAUUUACGUGGAGAUCAAGCGGAGCGAUGGACGAAUACACCAGGCAAUGGUCACAUCACUGCAUGAUGACAAUGAGACUGUGACGGUAGAGUGGAUUGAGAAUGGAGACACCAAAGGAAAAGAGAUUGAGCUGGAGAACAUCUUUGCUCUAAAUCCAGAUGUCGCUCCUGACGAGGAAAUACCCCAGAGUCCCGAGACGCCCCCUCCGCCCUCUUCGACUGCUGCCAAAGGCAACAAGGCGCUCAAGACCCGACGAACAAUGGCAGUAACUAAGACUGAGAACCCUCCUCGAGAGAACAGAGCUGCAGCAGUGGGAACCACCCGGGCCCGUCCCAGCCAGCACAGUCAAGCUGCAGAACCACCCCCACCUGCCAUAGCACCCCAACCUGCACAGCAACAGACCCUGCUACAGCAGCAGAAUGCGCGGAAGAAAUCCAACUGCGUGAAGGAGGUGGAGAAACUGCAGGAAAAACGAGAGAAGAGGCGACUUCAGCAGCAAGAGCUCAGAGAGAAGAGGGCACAAGAGGUGGAUGCCACUCUGCCAAACUAUGAGAUCAUGUGUAUGAUCAGAGACUUCAGAGCCAGUCUGGACUACAGGCCUCUAACCACCGCUGACGUGAUAGAGGAGCACAGGAUAUGUGUGUGUGUGCGGACACGCCCGCUUAAUAAAAAAGAGGUGGCAACGAAGGAGCUGGAUGUGAUCACCAUCCCGAGUAAGGACGUGGUGAUGGUCCACGAGCCCAAGCAGAAAGUUGACCUGACUCGCUAUCUGGAGAAUCAGACCUUCCGCUUUGACUAUGCCUUUGACAGCGCCUCCACCAAUGAAAUGGUCUACAGGUUCACCGCUCGGCCACUGGUGGAAACCAUUUUUGAGAGGGGAAUGGCGACCUGUUUCGCGUAUGGGCAAACUGGAAGUGGAAAAACACAUACGAUGGGAGGAGACUUUUCUGGGAAGAACCAGGACUGCACUAAAGGAAUCUAUGCAUUAGCCGCCGGAGACGUCUUUCUGAUGCUAAGGAAGCCAAACUACAAAAAAUUAGACCUCCAAGUCUUUUCCACGUUUUUUGAGAUUUACAGUGGGAAGGUGUUUGACCUGCUAAACCGCAAGGCCAAGUUACGGGUCCUGGAGGACGGCAAGCAGCAGGUGCAGGUGGUUGGGCUGCAGGAGAAGGAGGUCAAAUGCACAGAGGACGUCCUCAAACUCAUUGAGCUGGGAAACGGGUGCAGGACUUCUGGUCAAACCUCUGCCAAUGCCCACUCGUCUCGAAGCCAUGCCGUGUUUCAGAUCAUCCUGCGUCGGCGGGGAAAGCUGCAUGGAAAGUUCUCUCUUAUUGACCUGGCAGGGAAUGAGAGAGGAGCGGAUACAUCCAGUGCUGACCGCCAGACUCGCCUGGAGGGAGCCGAGAUAAACAAGAGCCUGCUGGCACUCAAGGAGUGUAUUCGAGCCCUGGGCCGAAACAAACCCCACACACCCUUCAGAGCCAGCAAGUUAACCCAGGUGCUGAGGGACUCCUUCAUCGGAGAAAACUCCAGAACAUGCAUGAUCGCGACUGUCUCUCCUGGAAUGGCAUCUUGUGAAAACACACUGAACACGCUGAGAUAUGCCAACAGAGUAAAGGAGUUUGGGAUAAGUCCCUCGGACAUUCCCUUCUCCCAGACUGGGAGUGGAGGGGGCCGCUCUGAACUUUCCCCUACUUAUGAGUUGAAGGAUCUCCGAGCCAACCCUGUGGCAGUGAUGGAGAGCGAUCAGGGUGGGCACAAUGUCAACCAGCUGGAGGUGCUGGAGGCUCAGUGCGGGGUGGGCAGCUCCCCGCAGAGAGACGAUCUCAAACUGCUCUGUGAACAGAACGAGGAAGAGGUUUCCCCGCAGCUCUUCUCUUUCCAUGAGGCUGUGUCUCAGCUGGUGGAGAUGGAGGAGCAAGUCCUGGAGGACCACAGGGUUGUCUUCCAGGAGUCAAUUCGCUGGCUGGAGGAUGAGAAGGUGCUCCUGGAGAUGACCGAGGAAGUGGACUAUGAUGUCGACUCGUAUGUGACUCAGCUAGAACAGAUCCUGGAGCAGAAGAUUGACAUUCUUUCUGAGCUUAGAGAUAAAGUCAAGAAUUUCCGCUCUGCACUCCAGGAAGAGGAGCAAGCCAGCAAACAGAUCAAUCCCAAGAGGCCUCGUGCACUAUAGACACACACACACACACACACACACACACACACACUUAUUUAUAAGUAACAGAUUAAAUUUCUUGCCCGUAAAUUUUUCGGGCGGACUCUCUUGCAGAGGAAGUAUUUGAGAAACACUAAUUGCGUUCGGUUUUAGACUACACAAAUAUUCUGCUCAGUGCGGUUCAACUUUAUUAUCCCUCUGCGGGAAAUUCAAAUUGCAACCAGAGUGCAAAAUUACAGAUCAGAGUCAUAUAGAAUGGGUCAGUCUUUGCAUCCAAACUCUCCUGCUCAGAAAAAUGAUGAUCAAACCCUUAGUCAGUGAUUUAAAAACAAGGCUUUUCAAAUUUGGACCUGUAUGCACCUAAUUUAUAUGCAUUUUUAAUUGCAUAUAGAUUAAUUUCUCAACUGAGAUGCUUUUUAAAGAAUUUUUUGGCAUUUCUGCUUUAUUGGACUGACAGUAGAAAUAG